AUGUCCGCCAAGGCCAUCCGCGAAUAUGACGGCAAGCUGUUGCUGGCAUAUCACUUGCUCCGUGCACCUCUUAUUUCACAACAGGAGUCUCCCUCCUUGUUUGCACCCGCCGCCACCAAGCUGGCCCAUGUCCAGGUGGACACCUCGCUUCUGGACAACAAGGCUGCCUUUGACAGCAGCUUGAAGCAGCAGCUCGACACCCUUGAACAGACACACCCAUGGCUCUUGACUGACAAGCUCGUGGCCAAGCCCGAUCAACUUAUCAAGCGACGUGGCAAGCACGGUCUGUUGACCCUGAACAAGGACUGGGCCGAGGCACGACAAUGGAUUGAGGAACGUGCUGGCAAGGAAAUCCAGAUCGAUCGCACUAAGGGCAUGAUCAAGACCUUCUUGGUCGAACCAUUCACACCCCAUCCUGCCAACACCGAGUACUAUGUCUGCAUCAACUCUGUCCGCGAGGGCGACUACAUCCUGUUCACACACGAAGGUGGUAUCGACGUUGGCGAUGUCGACGCCAAGGCUUUGAAGCUGUUGGUCAAGGUCGACGAAGCUUUCCCAUCGGCCGACACGAUCAAGGAGACCCUGCUCAAGGACGUGCCAGAAUUCAAGCGCGACGUGCUUGUCGACUUCGUCACGCGUCUGUACUCUGUCUACGUGGAUCUUCACUUUACGUAUCUGGAAAUCAACCCGCUGGUUGUCACCGAUCCCGCGGAAGGCCAGACACCUCAGGUCAUGUAUCUUGAUUUGGCUGCCAAGCUUGACCAGACCGCGGAGUUCGAGGCCGGUCCCAAGUGGGCUAUUGCGCGUGCUCCCCAGCAUAUCGGAUUGCCUGUUGCUGAGAAGCAGCAGCACGCCGAUCUCGGCCCUCCCAUGGAGUUCCCUGCCCCCUUUGGCCGUGAACUGAGCCAGGAAGAAGCCUACAUCCAAGAACUCGACGGCAAGACCGGUGCCUCGCUCAAGUUGACCGUCUUGAACCGUGAUGGUCGUAUCUGGACCAUGGUUGCCGGUGGUGGUGCUUCCGUUGUUUACUCGGACGCCAUCGCUGCCUUGGGCUAUGCUAACGAAUUGGCAAACUACGGUGAAUACUCCGGUGCCCCUACCGAGACCCAGACAUACGAGUAUGCAAAGACCAUCUUGGACUUGAUGACCCGUGGCGAACCCCAUGCUGAGGGCAAGACCUUGUUCAUCGGUGGUGGUAUUGCCAACUUCACCAACGUUGCCACUACCUUCAAGGGCAUCAUCCGUGCCUUGACCGAUUUCAAGCAGGCUCUCAUCUCCCACAAGGUCCGCAUCUUCAUCCGUCGUGGUGGUCCCAACUACCAGGAAGGCUUGCGCGCCAUGCGUCACCUUGGUGAGACCUUGGGUGUUGAGAUCCAGGUGUUUGGUCCUGAAACCCACAUUACCGACAUUGUCCCCUUGGCCUUGCUCGGCAAGUCGUCCUCUACCGGCAACGACCAACCCACUGGCUCGAGCGGUAACUUGUUCCAAGAUCAGAUCUUUGGUGGCGACAGCGGUGCCACCACCCCUGCCAACGGCACCCGCAGCCCCAAGCUCAAGCUCGCUGACGACAACCAGACCCCUACUGCUGAUGCACGCGAACGCAUGGAAUACUUUGACAAGCAGCAGCAAGAGUCUUCCGAAUGGUACCGCCCCUUCACCGGCAAGACCCGUGCUGUCGUCUACGGUAUGCAGCCCCGUGCCGUCCAGGGCAUGCUUGACUUUGACUUUAUGUGCAAGCGCGAAACUCCCUCUGUUGCCGCCAUGGUCUAUCCCUUUGGUGGCUCGCACGUGCAAAAGUUCUACUGGGGUACCAAGGAAACGCUUGUGCCUGUCUUCACCUCGCUCAAGGAAGCCAGCGAAAAGUUCCCUGAAGCCGACGUUGUUGUCAACUUUGCCUCGUGCCGUUCCGUGUUCGACUCGACUCGCGAGAUCUUGACAUUCCCUCAAUUCAAGACCAUUGCCAUCAUUGCCGAAGGUGUGCCCGAACGCCGUGCCCGUCAAUUGUUACACGAAGCUGAGCGUCGCAAGGUGCUUGUCAUUGGCCCUGCUACUGUGGGUGGUAUCAAGCCUGGCUGCUUUAAGAUUGGUAACACCGGUGGUAUGAUGGACAACAUUGUUGCUUCCAAAUUGUACCGUGCUGGUUCAGUCGGCUAUGUCUCCAAGUCCGGUGGUAUGUCCAACGAGUUGAACAACAUCAUUUCGCGUACUACCGACGGUGUCUACGAAGGUGUUGCCAUUGGUGGUGAUCGUUACCCCGGCUCGACCUUCAUUGACCACUUGUUGCGUUACGAGAACGACCCCAACUGCAAGAUGCUCGUCUUGCUCGGUGAAGUCGGUGGUGUUGAGGAAUACCGUGUCAUUGAGGCCGUCAAGAACGGUACCAUCAAGAAGCCCGUCGUUGCCUGGUGUAUUGGUACUUGCGCCAAGAUGUUCACCACCGAUGUCCAGUUCGGCCACGCUGGUGCUCUUGCCAACUCUGACUUGGAAACCGCCGACGCCAAGAACAAGGCCAUGCGUGCUGCUGGUAUCAUUGUCCCCGAGACUUUCGAAAAGAUGCCCAACUCUUUGGCCGAGGCUUACCAGAAGCUCGUCAAGGAUGGUACCGUCGUCCCUGUUGCCGAGCCCGAAAUCCCCAAGAUCCCCAUCGACUACUCGUGGGCCCAGGAAUUGGGCUUGGUCCGUAAGCCUGCAAGCUUCGUCUCGACGAUUGUGGAUGACCGUGGUCAGGAACUGUUGUACGCUGGUAUGCGCAUCACUGAUGUGUUCAAGGACGAUAUUGGUAUUGGUGGUGUUUUGUCGCUCUUGUGGUUCAAGCGCCGCUUGCCCGACUAUGCCUGCAAGUUCAUUGAGAUGGUCUUGAUGUUGACUGCCGAUCACGGCCCUGCUGUGUCUGGUGCCAUGAACACAAUCAUCACCACCCGUGCUGGCAAGGACUUGAUCUCCUCCGUCGUCUCUGGUUUGUUAACCAUUGGUGAGCGUUUCGGUGGUGCUCUUGAUGGUGCUGCCACCAACUUCACCCGCGCCUACGACAGCGGCAUGACUCCUCGUGAGUUCGUCACCAGCAUGCGCAAGGCCAACAAGCUCAUUCCCGGUAUCGGUCACAAGAUCAAGUCUCGCACCAACCCUGAUAUGCGUGUCGAGCUUGUCAAGAACUAUGUCAAGAAGCACUUCCCCCACACUCCUAUUCUCGACUACGCCUUGAAGGUUGAAGAAAUCACCACCAGCAAGAAGGACAACUUGAUCUUGAACGUCGAUGGUUGUAUUGCUGUUUCGUUCGUCGACUUGUUGCGCGAUUCUGGUGCUUUCACCCGUGAAGAAGCUGAAGAAUACUCCCGCAUUGGUACCUUGAACGGUCUGUUCGUCCUUGGUCGUACUCUUGGUUUCAUUGGCCAUCACUUGGAUCAGAAGCGUUUGAAGCAGGGCUUGUACAGACAUCCUUGGGAUGAUAUCUCGUACCUCUUGCCUUCGCUGGAUCCCGAGACCCUUGAUCCUCGCCGAGUUACUGCUCGCGUCAAUGUUCAAGCUAAAUAA